GUGUAGCCUUCAAAUUAUCACACGUGCGCGCGUACAUAUAUUCGAAACGUGUGCUCAAUCUGCAUUUUGUCGGUGCAUCAGUGCAUGGAGCUAGGAACACCAUCUGAGGAUUUCACCACUCCAUCGAACUUCUACUAUGUCUGUUGCAGUUUACAGCACUUAUGCACAAGUAAAUACUUUCCGUCAAAAUUGUCAAAAGCUGUUUUUGUUUCUGUGCAGUUUUUGCAUAGUGCUGUGAUUGGGUGCUGCGUGCAUGCAUAUUGAUCGAGCAUUGUAAGCUAGCGGACAUCAUGGACGACAUUGUGCAUCUGAAUGUCGGUGGUGUCCGAUACACCACCAUGAGAUCAACCCUCACCCGCUACCCUAAGAGCAUGCUGUUUUCCAUGUUCAGUGGUCCCUGGAAGCCUGCGGCCCAAGACGCUGACGGCACCUACGUCAUCGACAGGGAUGGCCCCUUAUUCCGCAUCGUUCUGAACUUCCUCCGACAGGGCAAGCUGUGCCUUGGAGACGGCUUCAAGGAGUGGAGCCAGAUGAAGUGCGAAGCUAACUUCUAUCAAAUCCAGGAGCUGAUGGAUGCUGUCGUUGCCUCAGAGACUCUUCAAACAGAAACUGCCAAGAAGGAAAGAGAAGAGGAGGACGAAUUAUAUGAUAAACGGUAUGACAAGCCGGCCCCAGAAACCGAGUUUGUCGUCAUUACAGCGAAGGUUAAUAAUUACACUAAAAUCGGGAAGAUGAAAUACUCCGGAUCACGCGAAGUCCUGGAAAAGAUGCCACAGCUUAUGUCAUUCCUUGUUCCGUUCGUGUCGCCCGAAGACAUGGACGAACACGAGGCAGAGAUGUUUGGCGAGUUGGAGCGUUGUGGGGAAAUUGAAGCCGAACGCAACUAUGAACUGAACCGAGAGAGGCCCGUACAUCCGAUGGACAUCUUCCAAGAAGUGACAGCUCAGGGAUUCGAAGUGUGUGGUUAUUGGCCGUGCCCUAUAAAUCCAGAUUGUGAGAGAUGGAUUUUCAGCAGACCUGUCAAGCGUACAUAGAGGCUCCUAAUCGAAGAUCUCUGUAGUGCGUUAGUUUGUUUCCAAUUUGAGUUUGUUUGCAAUUUAAUUUAAUUUGAAAUCAGGUGAUUUCCAAGGACCAGCUUAAAAAUAAAAAAGGCCAAAUAAAAAAUUUUAAAAAAACAUGUUUAGCGUCCCCGCCCGCUUCCUUUUUGGAGGCCGCCUCAUUUUUUUUAAAGGAAUAAAUGAUAAAUUUUAACAGUGACACCAUAAUGGCCUCUUUGUCUGUUGCAUCUAGCCCAUAUAAAGUAUGUCAUUUCCUGAGUCCAAGGGCGGCCAUUUAAAAAAAAAAACUGGUGGCCAUCUCGAAAAAAUAGCCCAGUCGGGCCUACAUUUUGGACCAAAAAAAGGAAAGAAGGUCCUCCUUCCUUUUUUUUAAAAGGCAGGACACUAAACAUGUUUAUUUUUAUUUGGCCUUUUUUUUUUAAUUUUUAUAAUUGAUUGAUUUUUCUUUGAAAUAGAGUUUGCUAGUGAAGAAACCAUGUUUGAGUUUUUCUCAAUCAAAAAGUUGUGCAUAUUUUUCUUGAAAGUUGUAAUUUAUUUAUUUUAUUUAUUUCCUUCAAAACCAUAUACUAUAUAUUUAUGUGUGUAAAAUACUAAGUCAGAAGACACUAAAAUAGAUGUAAAAAAAAAGAAGAAAAAGGCAGCAUUUAAGUUAAAAUUAGAUCAUCCAGACAAAUAGACUGGAGCAGAAACUUCAACAGGUUUGAAAAAUCUUGUUUACUUUGUUGUUAUUAUUAGAAAUUAAAGAAUAAAGUAUUUGCAAAGGAAAAGAUCAUUUAUAUAAGGAUUUAAGGAUUACGGUAGGUCCAAAAUAUAUCUUCAAUUGAGAUUGAUUUCAGAAGAAACUAAAGGAAUUUUCUGCAUUUAACCUUCUUCAUGCUGAAACUUAUAUACAUAUUAUGUUUAAACUUAUUUACUCCAUUAACAUAUACUGUAAAAUAAAUACGUUGUAAUUUUGUAAACAUGGUAACGUACUCUAUUUAUUAUGACUGCAUUAAAAAGUAAAAAGACAGUAACUGCAUGGUGCAUUGAGA